CAACCACUCUUCACUCCUCCCCCAUCACGCCUCAAUAACACUACCCCUCCAACCAACAUCUUCGGCUCCUGGAGCCGUCCCUGCUUCAUGGAUCAUGGAUUCCUUGAUCAAGGAGUGGGCCGGAUUUCUUGACCGAUGUCUGGAAAGCCGGGUUCGCGCAGACCUCUUCGACGCUGCGGCUGCUCAACUCCACGGAAAGUCACCCCUCCCAGGCCCGAAACUUGCAGGCCUAUUGCUCAAGCCUCGGUCUGCUGCCGCUAAUAGCCUUGAUCCGCGGAUAAUCAUCUAUCUUGAGCGUCUGCUCGCCCUGAAGAAGGUUGACGCGUCAGACGUCCUGUCGGCAGCCUUCCAGUUCUCGCGAGAUCAUCCACCGAAGACUGGAGAUAACGCACUACCAUCAAAGGAGGAUUCAUCAAAAUGGCACAAUCCAUCUGAGCUAGAAGAGAUCGUCUUCCACCGCCUGCACAAGGCUUUCUCGACAGGGGAGCGGCCAGCUACCAACACUGAGGCUCUACGUACCUUGAUUAUUGCAUCAAGAUGGAUGUCCGCAAUGGUGACCUCGCAUACCAGCGAUUCCAUGAUCCAGGCCAUGGCUGGGCUGCAUCAACAGCCGCAGCAACAAUCUAUCAAUGUUCGAGAGGCUCUGGGCAUGCUAGUUGUUGGACUCAUUGAGAACGUUAAGAUCCUAGAGUUGUUGAAUAGAAGCCAAGCAAAAGAUGUUCGUAAAACGUUCGCCCAAUCGUUGUCAACUUUUAUUCCAUUCCUGUCUCAAACAUCGUUACAAUAUGCCAAUCGGCUUGAAAUAUCCCAGAAAGAACAUGACUUCCAUGACAAGUCCCUCACCAAUGUCAAUGGGGAAUCAGCUGAGAAUGCUAGACUCGAAGUCGCCGCCCUUCAGCUGGAUGCAGUCAUCGACCCUCCCAUUAUCAACACUCGAGCGGGACUCUACGUACUUCUAAAUUCCCUGCUUGUUGCACGUCCGCUGACAGAUGAUUUUACAAUACUCAACUAUCUUCAUUCGCGAUAUAAGAUCGAUACCCAAAACAUCGCUACAGACCUAGUAACGGCCUCUUUUGAUGUUUUGGCGAAUGCCAUGUACCGGAGCGAGUCUAGUCAGAGCAUGUUUUGCUUGAAAUCAUUUUUGGUCAAUAAGAUCCCCAUUCUCCUAACUCACCCCAGUUUGUCAACCUACCCAAUGACCGCCGAAUUGUGCAUCACGCAAGCCCUGAGCCAUGUUGACCCGAACGCUUUUCCUGCAUUCUCUCAGGGAUUUGACGACAUCAUGGGGAAUAACAAUUCCUUAUCUGAUGUCCGGCAGGACUUUCUCAACUCCUGCGCUCUUCACGGUCUUAUCCCUGUGAACAGCGUCGAGCGAUUGCUUGGCGAAACGCCAAUGCAGGGACCGCCGGAAACGAAGUAUGUGAAGAAGGACUUACUAGCUCAAUGCAAAGAUAAUGAGAAGGUCAAUAUGUUCAUAGAUGAGCUAGAGAACCUGGACGGAAAUGGCGGAGCUAUUGCUGUGGCUGUCACAGAGUUCAUAUCGCAUCUUUGUGAAACACAAAUGACCAUGUAUCUUAAGACGAUAUGCAACUUGCUCUCCCGGAAGCCACAGGCGUUGGAUGUGAUGCUUCAGUUCACUUCCCCAGCCAGCAUUCUACGACCACUCUGUCAGUUCUUGGAUGAGUGGCGUUAUGAAGGGGACCAAGGCGAGUAUCAGCCAGUGUACGAUGAAUUUGGCGCUAUACUUGUCCUGAUCCUGGCGUUUGUUCAUCGAUACGAUUUAACUUACCACGAUCUUGGCAUCAACCAUGAUUCCUUUGUCGCACAGCUCCUCGAGCGUGGUCACAUUAGCGUGGCUCCCGACGACUUGACGGAGGAGCAAGGGAGGCAUCUAGGCAGCUGGUUACGAGGACUUUACGACUCAGAUAAAGAAGGCUUGAAGGACGAUGUUUUUGCAUCAUGCCGUCCGCAGGAUUUCUACUUGGUCGUGCCGACUCUCUUCAGCCAAACAGUAAUGGCCUGUUCUGCAGAAGUUCUAUCUUUAGACUCUGUCAAGGGUGGCCUAGAAUAUUUGCAUGAGACUUUCCUCCUGCCUUCGCUAGUUGGAGGGUUGACGUGGAUGGCGUCUCAUGCACUCAAACAAACACACCAAGACCUUGAUGUCUUGAUGCAGAUAUUCCACAAGCUGAUCCGGUCAGCUCCUACUUCUGGAGAUGCACAAGCCAUGCAUUCCACGAUUAUUUCUAUCGUAUCGAGGCGGCUUGAGAAGUGCUUUCGCACUCUCAAAAAGCGUCACCCAAACAGAACGGAUAUAGAAACUCUUCUUCAAGCUAUUAAAGGGAAUCUCAACUAUGAGCGCUCGGCGUAUGCAUCCAUGACUGAGAUGGACCAAUGGACAAGCGCACCUCACAACACUCUCACCUCAUCACUCCGCCAUACGGUACAGCAACUCUCACACUGGCCUUCACCUGCUUCGCUUCAACUUAAUCCGCCAAGCUACACCCAUCGCCUCAUAUAUGCCUGUCUUAGUAUUCUCGGUGCUUAUAAAACACUGUGCGCGAUCGUGGACGAAAUCAAAGCUCAGACAGAAGCAGGCAAUGGGGCGGCAGCGCUCGACAUUGGGGUCUGUCUCAUAUGCGCGCCUAGCAUUGAGAAUAGUCCGCUCUCUGUAGAUGUUGCUGCCCCGACCCCUCCUCGCACACGGUCGAACCUUCGGGAAAUACUGAAAGAUCAGUUCGACAACGCUACAAGUCUCAUGUCGUCCGACACUGUCGCAGCGGAAACCAUCGUCCGUCUACAUCGCCGUGUCGAAGCUCAACUUGUGGUAGUUGCUCAAGCCGGGUUGCAAGCUCCUCAGAUCGAUCUUCCAGAUGUCGGAAUGGUUGACGUUCAGGCACAGAACUUACCAGAUAUCGACAUCAAGGCGAUGAACGAUGCCGCUGCUGCGACAAUUGCGGCCGCCGGCGGUGAAUUGGACAUGAACAAGGAGAGUCUGCAGCGAGAGCUGGAUCAACAUCUGGAUCUAAGUGCGGCAGGCGGCGGACUAGACCUGAGUGGAAUGGGCGUUGGUGCGAGUGGGGCUGGUGAUAUGAGCGCAGGUAUGGGGAGUUUACAAGACUUGGAUCUAGGAGGUAUGGGCGAUAUGGAUAUGGGUCUGGGUGACGAUGAUGAUGCCUGGGGGUUGGACUUUUCAAACCUGUGAGGGAAUGCUUGAGUGCCUUGUCGUAUAAGCUGAGUUUGGAUUCUUCUAGAACAUGUUU